CGUAGAAAGGGUUAAGUAAGCGGAAGAUCGGUAGGGGGCGUUCAAUGGAUGCAAACGGUAGCAGGAACUUUUUAAAGUUUGUCAAGGAUCGCUAAAGGGAGGGGGGGAUAUUGAGCGGAGCGAAGACGCGGGUUAACCUGCGGCUGGGAGGCAGCUUCCAUCAGCUCUCUCGGCGCGCUCUCGGGCUCUCCCUGAAACGUUGGCGUCUUGCAGCCUGUGCCUCGCAUCAGGAAGAGAGCCCUCUCCAAACACCCAGCUGCAGUCUUCAAGAGUGGCAUCGCCUUCCCGCGACUGUGCAGAUCCAUGAUGGUGGUGUUCACAGUCCUUGCUGCAUUGAUGCUUGCUACAGUAUACUCACAAGAAGUGGAAGAAACCAUAACAUACACGCAAUGCACAGACGGUUAUGAAUGGGAUCCCCUCAUGCAGCGAUGCAAAGAUAUCGACGAAUGUGAAAUUGUGCCUGAUGCGUGUAAAGGUGGGAUGAAAUGCGUUAACCACUUUGGAGGAUACCUCUGCCUGCCCAGAACAGCUCAGAUCAUUGUCAACAAUGGUCAAGAAGAACCUGCAUCUGAAACCACUAGUGGCCGAAAUGGUAAUCCCAUCACGCGGCGGACUCCUGCAGAUCAUGUGCAGUCUCAAAUACAAUGCGCAGCUGGGUAUGAAGCGAGUGCUCAUAAUGUGUGCCAAGAUGUUGACGAAUGUGCAACAGGCACCCACACCUGUAGGUUAGAUCAGAUAUGCAUCAACUUAAGAGGAUCGUUCACCUGCCAGUGUUCAUCCGGGUAUCAGAAGCGAGGGGACCAGUGUAUCGACAUAGAUGAAUGCAUACUCCCUCCAUUUUGUCAUCAUCGAUGCGUGAACACUCCUGGUAGCUACUACUGCCAAUGCAACGCUGGUUUUCAGUUAACAGCCGACAACCACACAUGUUCAGACGUAAAUGAAUGUGAGACCACCAACCCAUGCGCUCAACUCUGCUACAACGUUGUCGGUUCCUUCCUCUGCCAGUGCAAUCAAGGCUUUGAGUUAAGCCCGGACAGGAUCAACUGUGGUGAUGUCGAUGAAUGCAGAGCUUCCAACUUCAUAUGCCAAUAUCAAUGCGUCAAUGAACCAGGGAGGUAUUCUUGCCUGUGUCCAGAUGGAUACCAGUUAGUCAGAGGCAGAAACUGUCAAGACAUCAAUGAAUGUGAAGUGGGUCACGAAUGCCGAGAAGAUGAAAUGUGCUGGAAUUAUCAUGGCGGCUACCGCUGUUAUCCAAAGAACCCUUGCCAAGAGCCUUACAUGCUGGCAUCUGAAAAUCGUUGUGGUUUGUUUUACAGUCGCUGUGUUUGUCCGCUUUCCAACCCCCUUUGUCGAGACUUGCCAUACUCCAUUGUACACAAAUACAUGAGCAUCCGCUCAGAUAGGACCGUGCCGUCUGAUAUCUUCCAAAUCCAGGCAACCACAAUUUAUGCCAAUACAAUUAACACGUUCCGGAUAAAAUCUGGGAAUGAGAACGGAGACUUCUUUCUGAGACAAACAAGCUCAGUGAGUGCAAUGCUUGUACUGGUGAAGCCAUUAACAGGACCACGAGAACAUAUCAUUGAUCUGGAGCUGCUGACAGUCAACAGUAUGAACUAUCGGACAAGCUCGGUGCUCAGGUUAACACUAAUCGUAGGACCGUAUGCAUUUUAGUCUCUGCAGCUAAGCAACUUGUGAGCCCCCAGAGCAGCCAAAGAAAUAUUCCCUUAAAUGAAGCACUUACAACUUUAUUUAUAGAUUUUAUGUGGUGUGUGUGUGUGUUUUAAGGAAAAAAACCCUUUAAUAAGGAAAUUAGUACUUGUAACCACACCAUUAGGCUUAUAAUUCAAAAGUAGUAUAUGUGUUCAACAAUAUAACCUGGGCAUUGCCACUUUCUGUAUAAGGACUGCAUUUCUCUCCCCCCCCUUACAUAUAUGAGAUCUCCACAGCAGCUCCAUUCUUACUGAGCCCAUGGAGGAAGAGAGCAGGAUCACAGCCACUGGCCCUGCCGCAGACUCCCACAUGUUUAGCUGAAGUUGUGAAAGAGCUGUGUGCAGAUAGAACAGUACCUACAGAGAACAGUGAAUGCGUAGGUUCUGUGCAAACACCACUGCAGACCCCAAUCACACGGGCUUUCCAGUCGCAUGGAAGAGUCUAAACGCUUGCACUGGACACUUAGAAGCUGGGAGGGAGGGCAGGGCCCGUCUCGCUCUCUCCUCCCUUCCCAUGCAUUCAGAAAUCGGGGUUUGGAAAUGGGAAUAGGGGUACCGUCGUUUCCGUGAUUUUGUAAGUUGUGAUCCCCUUCUACAAUAUCAGGACAUCCCCUGCAAAGAAAGGCUUUUGGUUUUGUAAUAUUCCCCUGUUCGUUUUGACUGAGAUCUAAUACUUUUCCAAUACUUUGUGAGAUCCAGGGUGUCUUGAGUACUACAGUUCUACCUUUACCCACUGAGUUUUUAUGGGCACAACAGCCUGAUCUGCAAGCAAUGUUCCUCUGCCUGCAAGAGCUGCCCCAUUUACUUACUUUAACAGAGGAAGCCAACUUGUAAGUGCAUUUCCCUGUAGGUGUAGGUGAAACAGUGCACCCAGUGCACCCAAGAGCUUCAUGCUUGUAUUGAUGCACACCCAGCAGAUGGGACCCAGGCAAAGAGGGCCACUUUUAAUGUCCCGCUGACCAACAGGACUUAAAUGCACUUAUUACUGGCUGAAUUGUGCCCUGGAUGCAGCCCUCAGUGCUGAAGGCAUCGUGGUCAAGGAAUCUAUGAAAUAGAGAACAUUUUUUCAACCUGAGGGCCACAUUCCCUCACUGGCAGCCUUCCACUGGCUGUAUGCCAAUGGUGGGUGGGGCCAGGUGCAAAAGUGGGUGUGUCCAGAGGGAAAAGUGGGCAGAGCAACAGAUGUGACCUUACCUUUGCACAGUAGGCUACAUUCCAACCAUGCAAAACUCAAAGGUUCUACAUGCACACACACAGACAUAUCGACCUCUCUAUGCUCCAUCAUGGCAUGCAGAAGGCAUUAUCACAGUUCAAGAACACAUUCCAGCGAGGCAAACACGCUGGAGGAGGGCACAGAGCAGGGCUGGUGAGAGGUAUGCCUUUAAGAACAUAAGAACAUAAGAAGAGCCUGCUGGAUCAGGCCAGUGGCCCAUCUAGUCCAGCAUCCUGUUCUCACAGUGGCCAACCAGGUGCCUGGGGGAAGCCCGCAAGCAGGACCCGAGUGCAAGAACACUCUCCCCUCCUGAGGCUUCCGGCAACUGGUUUUCAGAAGCAUGCUGCUUCUGACUAGGGUGGCACAGCACAGCCAUCAUGGCUAGUAGCCAUUGAUAGCCCUGUCCUCCAUGAAUUUGUCUAAUCUUCUUUUAAAGCCGUCCAAGCUGGUGGCCAUUACUGCAUCUUGUGGGAGCAA